GACAUUUGGGCGUGGUAAACAUACUUGAAUGCCCUGUAGGCAAGACUUACCUCCCGUGUUGUGAUGAAUCUUGGUUUAGCACGUUGCUAUCUGCGAUUUAUGAAUCGCUAUUAAAAAUCAAUCAUAUUUAUAAAGAAGCCAAGUUACUAUAUAUUGCCUGAACAUGCGACGUGUAGAAGUUAUAGCUUCCGUAACAGUUCUUGUUACAUUCUCAUUUUUGCCAUGUAUCUGUGCAAGGCUUUGCCAGAGACAAAGCCAUGGACUGUCAAACAAUGCCACUGCAUCACAAUCUUCUGAUAGUCAAGAUCUCUAUCACUGCCCCCGAUUAGGAGAUCCUUCUCACUUCACUGAUUGCUGCUAUUCCGAUAGUAAAAUCUCUGGUGAGUGCUGUGAAAGAAAGCACCAUGAUUUUGUCUCUGGAUUUGAUGAUAGUUUGCUGAUAGUAAUAUCAGUAGGAGUCAUCAUUUCCUGUCUUUUGUCAUCUGUGUUGGUACUCAUUUGCUGUUUUUGCAGUAGGUGUCCCCUGUAUUCUGUCUGUCACAGCAAGUACCAACAUAAUGACACCAUUGCCUUUUCUACCAAAGAAGAAUUAAUGAAACUAAAUGGUAUGCCAAACGAAGAUUACAAGAUACAACAUGGUUAUGAGCCUAAUGCUGUUCAGGUUAGGCCAGUCCACUACGAUGCGUAAUGAUACUCCAACGCUCAUCUCUCACCAAAGAACUCUUAGCACAGUUAAUUAUAAUACUUAAUGAAUCUCAACGAAUUCUAUACGAAGACAUCACGCUGCGUUUCUGAUAUAACUCAACUUCAUACUGUCCAACGAUGCUUUUGUGCGUUGCACAAAAAUAUUUUGCGCUAUUAUUAUGCCUAAUAUGGUGACAUAAUCUCGUCCAUUUUGAUGCUUUAGACGUAAUUGAUCCUAGAAGAAUUGUGAAACUAGUCACAGGUGCAGCUAUAAUUUUUUUUGCCUAUCUUGUACCGACUCUUGACAACGGAAACCAAAAAUGCAAUUUCGUUUACUGAAGCCAUCCAUUGCUUGCAAAAAUACAAGCUUUCAUACAA